AUAAAAAAAAAAAAAACGGGGUUGCCAUUUAGCCAAACACGGCUAAAAUUUACUUAUUUGCGCAUGCUCAUAGAAUUAUAAUUUUUAAAUAGGUCGAUACAAGCGUCUGUGGUGUCCUAGAAAUGAUGUUUUUGUAAUUUAUCCUAAAUUACGGCUCUACAAGUCUGAAUAAAAUGGAUUAUGAUUCCUCUACAAAGUUUAUUUCAUCUUUAGCUAAGUUUUUACAGUCCCUCUGCAAUGGAUAUGUAGAGUUUGACAGUGGAGUUCAAGUUAUAGGACACUUGUAUUUAAGCGUUGACACUGGAAAAACAAUAGAUUACAUCUUAAACGAAAAAGUUUGUAAAACAGAUGAAAACAGUGUCACAUUUAUAAGUAAUAGUUUUCAUGCUCAGCCUGCAGAAAGACCUAAAGCCCAGGGGAAAAAAAUAAUUGAAAAAGACUCUAAACCAGAAGAUGCAAAUGAUAACCAAACUAGUUUGCCAGAACCAAAGAGUACAAAUUUUGGUACUUUACCUACCCGCGGUGCUCAAAAUUCUCCUCAUUCCCAAAAUUUUAAGAGAGCUUUUUCUCCUUCAUCAAAACGCACAAAAGAUGGAAGUUCUCCUUCUAAAUUAGGACGAUUAUCUCCAAAACAUAAAAAAAAUAGGACUGAAUCAUUAGAUCAAAAUGUGUCAUCCCAGAUUUCAAAUCCAGCUAGUGAAAACAGUAUCUCUUCACAGCCUAGUCCAACUACAGAUGGCAUUACUGCUCCUAUAUCAGCUCAAAGCACAGAAGCUGUUCAUGGAUCUCAGUACACUGACUCUUAUCAACAGAAUUUUUUUCAAACUGGUGAAGAUGAUAAUUCAAUGGUUGAUGAAUCUGAGGAAAGGGAUAUAAAACCUUCAAUAGAUACUGAUGUAACUUUUAUAAAAGAGGAAUUCGCCCCUUCUAGUUGUUCACAAUCAAGCAAUCAAAAUCGAGAUAGAACUCAUGGGGAAGAUUCAUCAGCUUAUUAUCAUUCAAAUCAGACAUUCCCAGCAAGUUUUGCUGGUCAGACAGGUUUUGGAGGAACAGUUAGAACAAAUUUUAAUUCAUCUUCAGAAAGAUCUUCAUUAUAUCCAGGAUCAUCCCAGUUAGAAGCAGAAAACUCAGGAGAUCCAUCAGGUGAGUUCAAUAGUAGCACUACAGACAUAGGAGUGUUGCACCCUAAAGGACUCCGGAAGCGCUCCUACAGCACAGCUCGUUAUGAGUGUGAACACUGUCACAAAGUGUUUUCUUUCUCACAAGGGCUUCGAAGACACAAGUGGAAAUGCGAAGGUUCUAGAAUUUGGCCUUGUGAACAUUGUGAUAAAUUUUUUUACCGCUCCGAUCACCUCAAAAUUCACGAGAGACAACAUAUAUUUUUUUAGUAAUGUUCAUGAGAAUUUUGUUUCUAAGAAAGAAAGAAAGAAAAAGUAAUGCUUUAUGGUAAUAUUUUGUUUAGAUUUGUUUGUUAACGUUAUUCAAACUGACAAGAUUGGCUCUUUGUGCAGAAAAUGUGUCGCGCUACACAUAGAAGCUGGAGUGCAGGAGGAACGCUUUAUCCUAAUAUACUCUUGAAAAGUCUCAGGUGGCUAGAUUUGUUCCACUGUCUAGACUAAGGGACAGUCUCAAGUGGCUAGAUUUGUUCCAGUGUCUAGACUAAGGGACAGUCUCAGGUGGCUAGAUUUGUUCCACUGUCUAGACUAAGGGACAGUCUCAGGUGGCUAGAUUUGUUCCACUGUCUAGACUAAGUGACAGUCUCAAGUGGCUAGAUUUGUUCCACUGUCUAGACUAAGGGACAGUCUCAGGUGGCUAGAUUUGUUCCACUGUCUAGACUAAGAGACAGUCUCAGGUGGCUAGAUUUGUCCCACUGUCUAGACUAAGUGACAGUCUCAGGUGGCUAGAUUUGUUCCACUGUCUAGACUAAGUGACAGUCUCAGGUGGCUAGAUUUGUUCCACUGUCUAGACUAAGUGACAGUCUCAGGUGGCUAGAUUUGUUCCACUGUCUAGACUAAGGGACAGUCUCAGGUGGCUAGAUUUGUUCCACUGUCUAGACUAAGGGACAGUCUCAGGUGGCUAGAUUUGUUCCACUGUCUAGACUAAGUGACAGUCUCAGGUGGCUAGAUUUGUUCCACUGUCUAGACUAAGGGACAGUCUCAGGUGGCUAGAUUUGUUCCACUGUCUAGACUAAGUGACAGUCUCAGGUGGCUAGAUUUGUUCCACUGCCUAGACUAAGUGACAGUCUCAGGUGGCUAGAUUUGUUCCACUGUCUAGACUAAGUGACAGUCUCAGGUGGCUAGAUUUGUUCCACUGCCUAAACUAAGUGACAGUCUCCUUAGUAGCACGAUCUCCUACUGACACUGUGUUCCUCUUCAUUCAAUCCUCUGUUUUUUAGUGUACCUUGUAUUUCUUCAUGACACAACAUUGUUGAGGACUUAGUAGGUGGCGCUAGGAUAGAGUAGUCAGUAUCUUGAGUAAGUGCAAAUAGAGACGUUUCAAAUUGUAGAAGCUGCUGCUUGGUUGCUGCCAAUUAUCUAACAACAUAGACCAAUUAUUACUUGGAAAAGUGGAGGUGUCUUUUGUUUUGGUCACUGAGUCAAACUUUCUUAUUCUGACAUGACAUGAUUUAGUCACUACUUUGAAACUUACGGUAGCACUACUAGAGUAACCAUGGCUCUCUCCAAUACUUAUGUCUGUUCACCAAGUCAAUAAUUCUCAUUUUAUUUGCCUGCAGUUGGAAAGGUAAAAUACGGUUCUCCAGUCGAAGCAACCUCAACUUAUCCCACUAUGUUAUCAAGUGACAGAAAACACAUUAUACCAGAGUCCAGAUCUAGACCUAGCUCUCGAGGUCGCUAUACUUUGGGUGGGCCGUUUAUCUGUGACAUUUGUGGGGCAACAUUUACUCAGAAGUUUAACAUGACUAGACACAAAGGCAAGUGUGCAGGCACCAAAAUAUUGCAAUGUCCAAUUUGUCACAAGCUUUUAUACAGAACAGACAAAUUUCAAAGUCAUAUGGCAAUGAGACACCCUAGCUUUUGUGUGGCUAUUAGAAAUUGAGUUUUGGUGCAAUGCCUACGUGUGAACUUCCAGCCCAGGUUGAAUGAGAUGUUUGUUUCCUUCAUGUCUUUUCUUUCCACUCUUCACAGAAGCCAAUGUCUCUGGACCAGGCAUCACGACACGCUAUAUUUACGGCUGUCCCGUGUGUGGUAAAAGAUACACAACUAAAUAUAACAUGGAGAGGCACCACAUGAAAUGUGGCUCACGUGGUCCACAAAGUUGUCAGAUAUGC